AUGUCGACGGAGAAGGAACUACAAGAAGCUAUGCAAGUACCAGCCUCACACAAGCUGAUCAGAGACAUGGGCCCAAUCAUUGACCCAGAGGAAGACUUUAACACCAUUGUCAUAGCUGAGGACAACAUUUCAGCUGCAGAAGCGCGUAAGAAGCAGGCGCUUGAGGAGGCCUACGCGACGCUCAAAUCUCUUUCUAAGAUCCUUGAUGCUGCUCGUGUAUCCUCCACGAGACCACCGUCUGUUCCUUCGGCAGAAGUUCAUACUGCAACAAUGAACGAGCUAGAUUCAUCUCGACUGUCACUCGCUAAGGCAGUCAGUGAUGCAGAAGGUCUUGUCGCCAGCAAGGAGGCCGAAGUCGCUGCUCUUAAGGAGGAAGCCCGGCGGCUUGAGCUUUGCGAUCCCGCUUCGGAACAUGAGAGAGAUUUGGACGGCAGAGCGCUCCGCCUUCAAAUAUACAGUGGUCUUGGAUUCACCCCCGUUCCCGACAAAGAUCGAAACACCUUCAAGAUUCUAGUCAACUCUGGCUCGACUGAUCUCUACUCAGUCCCCGUUGCGCUUUCCCACUCAGAUUGCCAGCAAACAAAUCACCUUUGGGAUUUGGCCAGCCGUUCAUCUUAG